ACUACUGUCCUUAAUCUGGCUGGCUUCAUAUCACUGAAAGACUGCCCUUGGGAGUUUCAGAGGCCUUUCUGUUGGGUGUUUUAAAGGACCCGGCUGCAACUUUUGGAAACAAUCCUGGUAUGGCAAUGCGAACUUCGUGUGAAAUGGAUAGAGCCAGGAAGUGGCUCGGACUCAGUAUAUCUUUAAGUUGUUGCUUAAUGAUGAACCUCGUUACGGCUGUGUUAUCUGGGAGCAGCAGACCACCCAGCAAAGGCCAAGAAGGCAGCCUCUCGGACAACUUGCUUCUGCAUCUGCGAAUGAAGAGGAGCUGGGUGUGGAACCAAUUCUUCGUUUUGGAAGAAUACACUGGAACGGAUCCUUUGUAUGUGGGAAAGUUGCAUUCUGAUAUGGACAGAGGAGAUGGAUCCAUCAGAUAUAUACUGUCGGGAGAAGGAGCAGGCAUUGUGUUUACCAUUGAUGAUGCAACUGGAGAUAUCCAUGCCAUUCAGAGGCUGGACCGAGAAGAGAGAUCCCAGUAUACUCUAAGGGCUCAAGCUUUGGAUAGACUGACUGGCAGGCCGAUGGAGCCGGAAUCUGAAUUUAUAAUCAAAAUCCAAGAUAUCAAUGACAAUGAGCCCAAGUUCCUGGAUGGGCCAUAUGUUGCUUCGGUACCAGAAAUGUCACCAAUAGGUACCUCCGUUAUCCAAGUGACAGCAACAGAUGCUGAUGAUCCUACCUAUGGGAACAGUGCCAGGGUAGUCUACAGCAUUCUCCAAGGACAGCCAUAUUUCUCUGUGGACUCCAGAACAGGCUUGAUUAGGACAGCGCUAAUGAACAUGGAUAGAGAAGCAAAAGAAUAUUAUGAAGUGAUUAUCCAGGCCAAAGAUAUGGGCGGACAGUUGGGAGGAUUAGCUGGGACGACCACAGUCAAUAUCUCCCUGUCUGAUGUCAAUGACAACCCACCCAGAUUUCCACAGAAACAUUAUCAGAUGAGCGUUCUGGAGUCUGCUCCAGUUAGCUCUACUGUGGGCCGUGUCCUUGCUAAAGAUUUGGAUGAAGGCAUUAAUGCUGAAAUGAAAUACAGUUUUGUGGAUGGGGAUGGACUGGAUGUUUUUGAUAUUGCCACCGAGUCUAAUCGCCAAGUUGGUGUCAUUACAGUGAGAAAGCCCUUGAACUUUGAGAGUAAGAAGAGCUACACUUUGAAGGUAGAGGGUGCCAAUCCCCACUUAGAAAUGCGCUUCCUGAACCUGGGCCCCUUCCGUGACACUGCUACUGUACACAUCACCGUUGAGGAUGUAGAAGAGCCCCCACUCUUUGAGCCUAGCUUUUAUUUUGUGGAAGUCCCUGAAGAUGUGGACAUUGGGACCACCAUACAAAUGAUUCAUGCCAAGGACCCGGAUGUGACCAACAACUCCAUCAGGUAUUCCAUUGAUCGAAGCAGUGAUCCCGGACGCUUCUUUUAUGUCGACAUUGCAACAGGUGCUCUGAUGACUGCAAGACCUCUGGAUCGGGAGGACAUUCCAUGGCACAAUAUCACCAUCCUGGCCGUGGAGCUGAACAACCCCUCGCAGGUUGGCAGUGUUUCUGUCACGAUAAGAGUGCUGGAUGUGAAUGACAACGCUCCAGAAUUCUCCAGAUUCUACGAGGCUUUUGUAUGUGAAAAUGCCAAAGCUGGACAGCUGAUUCAGACAGUGAGCGCGAUUGACCAGGACGACCCACAAGAGGGACAGCACUUCUACUAUAGCUUGGCUCCUGAGGCAGCUAACAACCCCAACUUUACUCUAAGGGACAAUCAAGACAACACAGCUUGGAUUUUAACCAGGAGAUCAGGCUUCCGGCAGCAUGAGCAGAAUAUAUUUUACCUUCCUAUCCUGAUAGUUGAUAAUGGACGCCCCAUGCUGAGUAGCACCGGGACAGUAACCAUUCACGUUUGCAGCUGCGACGACAAGGGUCUUGUGAUGUCCUGCAAUGCAGAGGCCUAUGUGCUCCCUGUCAGCCUGAGUAGAGGAGCUCUUAUUGCCAUUCUAGCCUGCAUCUUUGUCUUGCUAGUGCUGGUACUGCUGAUCUUGUCCAUGAGAAGGCACAGGAAGCAGCCGUAUAUCAUUGACGAAGACGAGAACAUCCAUGAGAACAUCGUGCGGUACGACGACGAGGGAGGUGGGGAGGAAGACACAGAGGCCUUUGACAUCGCAGCCCUGUGGAACCCGAGGGAGGCUCAAGUGGUGCUGAAGAGCAGGCAGGACAUGAUGCCGGAAAUCGAAAGCCUCUCCAGAUACGUUCCUCAAGCCUGCACGAUGGACAGCAGCGUUCAUAGCUAUGUGUUGGCCAAGCUCUACGAAGCCGAUAUGGACCUCUGGGCACCUCCCUUUGACUCUCUCCAGACGUACAUGUUUGAGGGCAACGGCUCCGUGGCAGAGUCGCUCAGUUCCUUGCAGUCUGCGUCUACGGACUCAGAGCAGAGCUACGACUAUCUGACGGACUGGGGGCCCCGCUUCAAAAAGCUGGCCGAAAUGUACGGUGCCACAGAAGGGAACGGGGCCCUUUGGUAACAAAGAGGCGAAGGCAGAGUACUACUCGGGUACUCGGCACAGCCAUCCGAAUUUGUACUCAAUCAGAUAUUGAGGACACAGGCGAGGUGGCCUCCUACAAAUAGCAAUAUGGUGCUUGAGGGAGAAUGCAGAAGAGGAGUGGAAAUAAAUAAGAGCUCUCUCUGGAACAGCUUUACUCAGUUACAUUAAGCUACAUUUGUAAACGACAAGAAAC